AUGCUGUCUCGAUUGAUCGACUCAGCGAUCUGCCGGACUCAGUCCUCUGUCACAUUCUCUCUUUUCUCUCAACUCAUGACUCAGUGGCAACCACCAUUCUACGUCCCCAAUUUAUAUUUCGACUCGGAAGAUGAAAAAAUCAUCAACAGGGUUAUGCUGCUGCGCAAAGUGCAAACAGUUCAUACUUUUCAUCUCGACUGUGAAAUCUACCGCAGCGCCUAUCAACUGGAGACGUGGAUUGCCUUUGCCGUUAUUCGCGGCGUCCAAAAACUCGAUCUUUGUCUUCAAGAUGAAGAUGUCUUUCCUUCUUUACCUAAAUGCCUCUUCACCUGCAAAACCCUAGUUGAUUUGAGGCUCAAUUCCUGCGGUGUAAUACCCCUAAUUGGUGCCGUGUGUUUGCCUCGCCUAAAGAUUCUUCGUUUAAUCUGCGUUCAAUUUGAGGCCGAUGAGUCCCUCCCACACCUGAUUUCUGGCUGUCCAGUUGGAGAUCAAUGCCCCCACGCUCGAAUAUCUCCGGAUAAAUCACUGUUGUUGCUAUGCAACGUCAAGUGGCUAACGUUAGAUUUUUCACAAUGUACUGAGAUUAUUAUUGAUUCAGUAAUCUCUGCUUGGACUAUAAGUUUUCGUAGUUUAACUGAACUCGUUUUGACUGCUGAUUGCUGUUUUCUCUCAAAGUUCCUCGAGAUUGCUGACAAUCUUGAAAUCCUUACAUUCGAAUUCAGUGAGCCUUGCAUUUAUAGCUGGGCGGAACCACCACAACAAGUGCCCACAUGCCUAUUAUCAAAUCUGAGAAUUAUAAAGCUUCUCGAUAUUGAAGGCAAAGAUUACGAGUUUGAAUAUAUAAGAUAUCUUUUGUUGAAUGCGAAAGUCUUGGAGAGGAUGGAAAUAUCAUAUACACAAUGCCUUGGUUCCAAUGAAGAGAUUAAUAUGCUAAAGAAGAUCUCUCUUUUUCAACGAGGAUCCACUGCAUGUGAAGUUGCAUUUGUAUAG